AUGGAGGACGAGCCGAACCCAAGGUACAAGCUGUACCAGCUCCUCCAACGGCUGGUCGGACGACCGCUCACAAAUCAUGAUAUCGUCAUGGAGCACCAGACGUGGCAAGUCGGCAUCCAAGCAACGGUGACCCUGGUGUGCGCCGAGGGCAAGGAAGCCGCCAGUGAGCUGUGCCCCACGGCAAAGGAAGCCGAAGAAAACGCUUGCCUUCAGGCACUCUUGAUUUACGGGGAUGAGCUACGCGAGCUCAUCGCCAAGCAGCCAACACCGCCUCCACCGGGCAAGCGGAAAGGUACGUUGGUUUUGCCUCCGAUCAAGCGUCAGGCGCUUGAAGAACCUUUGCGACUGCCCACAAAACUGUUAGUGGCCACGCCGAAGCCUGUUGCCCGACCUGCUGAUCCUGUAGAGCGGAAGGAGGAGAAUGGCGUGGCCGACGAGGCAGAUGUGCAUCAGACAGAUCAUCCUGAAGAAGAUGCUCCCGCUGAAGAAGCUGGUGCUCUCGAUGGCUUUACUGAGGAGGAGGUCUCAGCAUUGUCGGAAGCAACCGCAAAGUCGAAGCCGCAACCUCCUGCAGGAGCUGCGCUCAUCCGGCUGCCAGGGACGAGCCCACAGCCAGCAACGGACGUGUUCCGUGCCAUGCCCAAGCAGGACUUGAAUGCCCUUUGUGGCAAGAUCGCCAGAAAGGUGAUGAACAAAGGCGAUUUGGCUUACACCACGCUGCAAGUAGUUGGCGGAUACCAGAGCACCGUCACGUUGAAGUGCUUUGACGGAGACUGGGCCGAUGCGGCUUUCGUUGGCCAAGUGCACCCGCAGAAGGUCGGUGCCGAGCAUUCGGCGGCCUCGGUCGCUUUGGCAGAGCUGUGUGCUGACGAGCAAAUGGUUUCGAGGUCAUUCUUCGGCAUCGUGUUGAACAAGACCAUCCUGUCACCAGGAGAGGAUGGCUAUGUAGGGCCUUUGGCUUUGGUGCUGGCGCAGAUGCUGUCCACAGUGGUGUUCGGCAAGCUGCGCGAAGCCAUUGGCAGGCCUUCCACUUCAACGUCAAAGCUAGAUUGGGUGAAGCAGAGAAACAGUUUGCUGGUCCUGGGUCUUUUCCGGUUCUUUGUUGCGGUGAUGGGCCUGAUCAGCUUGCGAUACGUCGCGGCGUCCUUCACCGAGACGAUCAAGGCCUCCAGCCCCUUCUUCACAGUGGUGGCUGCUUGGUUCUUGACCGGUGAGCGGACACCGCUGCCGGUGCUGAUAACUCUGGUUCCAGUUAUGCUAGGCCUCAUCACAGCCGCCGCUGGCGAGCAUUCUUUCGCGGUGGUCGGUUUUGCGGCUGCUGUCGUGUCCAACUUAGCCGAAUGUGUCCAGAAUGUAUUCUGUUCGCAGCUGCUUCAGCCGGGACCUGAUGGAGCUCGCUUCACCUCCGGCCAGCUCCAGUACUACAGCGCCUGCGCAUCACUGGUAGUUCAGAUUCCGUUCUUUGGUGCAGCUUUUCUUCAAGGCAGCCUGGUACUUCCGAAUGCGGCACUGCAAUGGGCAUGGCUCCUUAUUGCAGGUUUUGUGUAUUUCUUACAGUCUGCGCUAGCCUUCAAAAUAAUGUCCUGCUACUCUCCGGUCACGCUUUCUGUGAUGAACACCGCGAAGAGGGCAUUGAUCAUUUGUUUCUCAGCACAUUACUUCGGCAACGUCAUAACAAACACAGCACUGCGGGACACCCAGGCCCUCAACACUCCUCCAGUACUUUCUGCGUCGAUCGAGUCCUUUACCAGCCCACGGGCCAACCUCCCAAUGAUAUAUGACGGGAAUGCAUCUGCGAAACGUCACGGUGUCAGCUUGCACUUGGAGCAUGCUAGGAUAGUCGUGCGCGCUCCAGGCUUUGUGGGUCCAGACGUUUCAGGCCAAGGCCAAGGGGCGGCGCAGCGCAAGGCAUGCCCGAAUCUUUCAGUUCUGCUCCAUGAUUUCAUGAGGAAUGCAAGUGUCGGGACUUCUUCCCUGCUCGCCGAAGCGGAGUCCAUCGUUUCAGACGUCAUCACGAGCCACACGAUGGAAGGCGCAGGCCGGCGAGGCCAGAUCGAACAUCACAGGCUACGUGGAAAGAGCUUCGAAGGGCCGAGAUCGGCCGUCGUCCUCGCGAACUACGCAGUCUUCACUUGCGGCUGCGGGCAUUUGAGCGCCGAGCUGUUGUGCUCACUUUUGCUGCAGCGCGGCAUCGCCAGCAUUCUUGAUGUUCGUGAGCUGGACCACAGCACAAAGCGGCCGUGGUUCAACAGCGACGCUUUGGAGGACACCACGGAGAAAGCUGGUUUGGCUUACAGGUACCUGGGCCAGAGAGGCGACGACUCGUGGGCGCCCCUGGUCGCGGCAGCAUUGCUGGAGCUGCCUUCUCCUCGGUGCCUGCUGGGAUUGCGAGCUUUGGCAAGGGAGUGUCCCCGACUUCGCUUGGCGCAGCAUCUCACAGAGAUGGAGUGGGAGGUUGUCCAUCUUCAGCCGUGUCCAGAGGCUCCUCCAAGGCUGACACUGCUUGAGUACCAGCACACGGAAGUCUUCGCCCGGCAAGAACGUCUUGCCGAUCACAUUGCCACCGUGACUGCCAGCCUGGAGGCCCAAAUGGGGUUCUCCACCACCUGGCAGCAGCGGAUCCAAGUGCGCUACCGAGUCGUUUCUUGGGACACGUGGGACACCACCAGACACUUUCCGGCCCCUGGCGAGGAGGCGCUGGUGAUCGCUCUGCCUUUCGAUACCUCCCUGGUCGCGAUCCCCGGCUUCCUAACAAAGUCGGAGAUUUUCUCUCUGCAGCAAGCGACCUUGCCCGGAGCCCUGAACUACGAGCAGCCUAGACGGCAGGUGCGGAAUCCGGAUGGGAGCUUCACGCACUUCAACGAGCGGCACAAAGAGGCGUGGAUCUGCGACGGCUACGACUAUCGUGACACACGCCGCGUGGCCCCGCCUCGCCUACAUGUUGGACAAAAACUUUCGGGCAAAGUAGAGGAGAUCCUUCAGCGCGCUGCUGAAGCAAUCUGCUCCCCGUUGAAUGGCAUCAUGUGCCGCUGGGAGCCCCCAGGUGUCCACCUGAAGGAUGGGCCGCACACUUAUGCCACACACUGCGGAUGGGGAAGUGACUGUGUCAUUGCCCUCAUGGCGGUUGGCUCGACGCGAGUGUAUCACAUCCAUGGCAUUCCCUGGUAUUAUGGUCGCGGCCGGCGCGAGGUUGCUUCGGUCAACAUCCCGCUCGAAGAAGGUUUGCUGGUGGCUUUGGGCGGCCCUCUUCGUGAGAAAUGGCUUUACUCACAGCCCCGUGAUGAGGAGAUUCUCCCCGAGCGGGUUCAGUUCACGCUGCAGCUUCAUGCAGACGCACAGGUGAUGAAGGGGGGAGAUCAAGCCGCCGCCGACAGCUGGACGGAAGACUGUGAAGGCGUGUCGGCGGCUCGCAAGCUGCAGGAUGCAGCCGAUCACCUCGACCAACCUCCGGACACCGCUUCCGCCGGAAGAUGGAGAAGAGCCAGACUCCAGAACCGCGUUGCUGAAGCAAAAAGCCGAGUGUUUGCCUGA